GCUCCAGAGUGCCCCUCUGCGACGAGAUGUCACCCGUGUGACGCGGUUUCCAGAAUUCAACCCAGAAGCCCAUCUGUCGCGUCCCACUCCACCACCAGCUAUUCACACAUGAACAUCACCUGAAGUUUUGUCGCAGGCACCAUAACAAUCUCGGUCAACCUGCGAUAUACCAAUUCGUAGCCAUGUCGUCGCAAGGCGAUGCCACAUUGCCGGCAACGCGCCGGUCGCGUAAGUCGAUUGGCGUCGGACCUUCAAGAGGCGACAGAGAGAAUGCAACACUUGACGUUGGCAGCGCUAUUGGGGCCACUCGCAAAAAGUCUAGGAGCAAGAGUUUGGGCCCGGGUAGUCUCGACAUCUUGAAGAACGGGAAUGGGAACCGCAGAGCAUCCCUUGCCAUACCAUCUGGACCACCACCAAGAUCAAUUCUGAAACCCACGAUCCCCGUCCUUCCAGAAAUUCCAACCUUCAAACCAAGAGAAGCUCCCCUGAGCAACGAAAGUGCCGGAACAAAGGUAGCGCUGCGAACUGAGGAGGAACAACAAGCUGCAGCCCGGGAAAGGGAGGAAAGAGAACGGGCCGAGAUUGAGAAGGAGAUCAAAGAUAGGAGAGAGGCGCGCAGAAAGUCACUGGCCAACCGUCGGGUAUCCUUUGCUGCUGAGGCGACACUACACACCUUCCAAGUAGUGGACGAGAACCAGGAUGCAACAGCCGCUACAGCGGCAUCGCACCAUCACCAAGAGCCCGAUUCAGACCCUCCAUCAACACCCCCAGACCACAUCGACGACCAUGAUGCCGAGUCUCCAGCCGAUCAACGAGCACUGCACCAACGAAACCAACAACGGAGUUCGGGCGUGGGGUCACUCUACGGGGACGACGAUACCAUCGCUUCCACCGUGUACGAUUCCGACAUGGAACAUGCCGACGAUAUCGAUGAGGUGGAGACGGAGGAAAUGUCUGGUUCUAGUGAUUCGGACGACGACGGCACCGUUAUGACUGUAGAAGCCGAAGAAAUGACCUCUGCUUCAGUCGCAUCCAUGACCUCCGGCGUGUCUGCGUUUGACAGUAACAAUUCAACCGACAGCUUGGACGAGAAUCUGCGGCUCGCGAAACAGCGCGCUGCUGCUACUCAACGGAUUGACGAGGAUGAAGAGGUUAUUGCUGGGUUUGCCGGUUGGGGGAGGAAGCCACUAUCUCAGACGGAGACUACCACGCAGAUUAUCCGCCAACAUAUGCCACCACCAACUCCUGACGCUCAACAACAGCGAGAUCAAAGGUUCGAGAUUGAGAUGGACAUGGAUGACGAUAUGGGUAUGGAUAUGACCAAAGCCGUGGGUGGUAUUCUUCAGUCACAGCCAGGAAGGUCUCAGAGCAACAACCAGGAUGAAGAUGUGGAAAUGGAUAUGGAUGAGGACAUGUCGAUGGACGUGACUAAGGCUCUCGGUGGGAUUCUUGGCAAGGCCCAAGCCCAAAAUCGGCGGAAAUCAGUCAAACCACUUGCGCUGCAGCAGGAUGCCGAUGAACUGGGUGAUCAAACUAUGGAAUUUACCACGGCAGUUGGCGGUAUCCGACAAGGCAGAAUGUCUAUCGGUGGCGCAACGGACAUUGACGAGCUCGAAGACAUGUCCAUGGAGUUUACUUCUGCGAUUGGUGGGCUUUUAUCUAAGGGUGCCCCUAAUACAGGCUCUGCUCUAGGCCACCGAAGAACUCUGGCAGCCGAAGAUGACGGCAUGGAUAUGGACAUGACUGCAGCUGUCGGCGGCAUUUUGGCUACUUCACAACCACAGGAAGAGCACGAUGUGUUUGAACAGACUGUGGCCAUGGACGAGACCAUGGCGGUAGGCGGCAUCCUGAAGCCUGCCUCACCUGAAGAGGCACGGUCAGCGGCCAAGAGGGUGAUGGAACUGGAGGCUGAUGAGCCAGAUGUUGUGUAUCCAUCUCUCACGCCGUCAACACAGGAGACAGCAUCCCAAGACAAUAACGAUACUCUUGGGCUUUCUGCAUUCCGAGGGAAGGGUCUCCGUCACAGCAUGCCUGGCGCCCCUCUUUUCGAGAGCUCUCCUGUGCGAAGUCCCGAGAAAGAGCUGCCUGCGAAGAGCCUGGCCCGUAAUAGCUCACCGGUUCGGAGCUCUCCUGUCAGAAGUUCGCCGGUUCGAAACACGAGGAAGUCCCCAGCAAGUGACUUCCCUGAACGAAGGACGCCUUCACCCACGAGGAGCCCUCCGAGGAGAGAGUCUCCUGCACGAAAGACACCUUCUCCUGCGAGGAAUACUGUCCCUGCUACCAAGACACCCCCCUCAAUGAUUGGAAGCAGUUCGCCAGUCCGUGAUGCCUCACCACCAAAAACGACACCUCGCUCCGUCGGCAAGGGGAGGCUCUUCCACCAAGACCCGAGCACAGGCAUCAGUACCCCCCGUGUGGUCCUCACACCCCAAGGCAGGCGCCUUUCCGGCGUCGGUGCUGACAGACCUGGCUUGGGCUCACCACGCGUGGCCGAGAUCUUCGAUCGUAGGGACUCCCUCCAAGACUCAGCAGCUGAAUUUGUGCCUAGCGAGCCAAGCAGCGCCCGUCGCACCGUGGCUUUUGCCGACCCCCGCGCCAUGGAAGCGGAAGUCGACCAGGAACUCAGAGAUGAGGCAGAAAAGGAAAAUAGCAGGUGGAUCCUGGAGCGGGAGGCGGACGGCGACCGUGAGAUCACGCUCAAUCUUAGAGAGAUGAUUCAGAACCUGAGUCCGACAAAGAAGAAGAAGAACCCGUUGGCGGGGAGGAAGAGUCUUAUGCCAGGGAGCGCGAGGGGACUGCUGGGGAAGAGGCCGGCUGAGUUGGAUGUGGAUGAUGCGGGGGAGGAUUCGGAGGUGAUUGAUGGGGUGAAGAGGUUGAAGGGACAUCAGGGGAGCCCGGUGAAGAAUGUGAGGUUGGGGUCGCCGCCGACUAAGGCUGAGACUACUACGGGGAGGAAGACGAGGAGUGCUGCCAGAGGGGAGGAGGAUACUGCUACGAUCACCCCGGCUGUGCCUAGUUCGCCUGUCAGGGUGGCGGGCACGCCGAAUCACCAGGGGAGGCUUAGGUCGGUUUUUGAUGAUCAGGCGACGAAUACUUUUAACUUUUAUGAUCACACUGCCACGGGGGAUGUGGAUGCGCUUGUGCGGAGGGAUGAUGAUGAUGGGGAUCGGAUACAUUUGCAGGAUUUUUUGAACCUGACAAGUAUCAGGUUUAUGGAGUUGACUACCACCAAGAGGAGGCAUACUGUUGCGCCGGGGGAGACGAGGUUGAGCUUGACGGCGGACGGGAAGGAGGAUUUGUCUUUGGAGAAGUGUGUCGUUGCGGGUGCAUGUACGGUGCCUACUUUGGAGCUGUAUCAGCACUCGUGUCGGGAGCUGAAGAAAUAUAUCAGUGAAGGGCGGAGGAUUGUGAGGGAGAUUGAGUCGGAGACUUUUGAGGAGAACCCACCGCUGUUCAGGGAGUACAUGACUGCUACUCCUGAGUUCAAAGUGUUGAUGGACAAUCAGUUCAAGAACGUCAAGACGCAUGCUAGGCUGCUGAGCAAGGCGAUGUGGUAUGAAUGGCGGAUGAAGCUGCAGGAUGGGCUGAAGGAGGGUCUGGUCAAGAUUGCGGAGGGGAUGGAUGAUGAUGAGAAGCUUUUGGCCAGGCAGCAGGAGUUGCUUUCUUCGGUGCUGCCUGAUAUGAUCAAGCGGGCUGAGGAGCUGGAAAAGGAGCAUGAGACCCUUGAGGCUGUGGCUCAAGAAAUGGCCGAUUGUGACCCUGCUGAGCUGGAGGAGGCCCGUGCUGAGUUGAUCUCCCUUGAUGAGGGCCUCGAGGAGAAGCAGCGCAAGAUUGCCGAGCUGAAAGCCCAGCUUGAGGUCUCCAACUCUGGCAUUGAAGCCCUGACAGCACAGAAACAGCAGUGCCUGGGUGAUAUUAAAGAAGCAGACAAAAUCCGGGAGGAAUGCCGGGGCUGGUCAUCAGAAGAAAUCAGCAAACUCAAAGCACGAACCGACAAAAUCGAAAAAACCACCGGCUGGGCCCUCGCCAAUAUAUCCGGCACCAAAAUCUCCCUGACGUACAAGCGCCAAAUCGAACUCGUCCUCGACAUUGCCUCUUUUCCCCAACCCAACCACCGGCCUGGUCCGCAGAGUAAUAUCGACCUGUGGUAUAUAGCCGACAAGCGCGAACCCAAUACCACCCCCCUCACCCCCGAGCGAGAGUUUUUCUUGCAGUCUAUUCGGGAUCGCAUCCGCUCCCUACCUCAACCCACCACCAACGUCAAGACGAUUCUUCAAAUUGUAAAAGAUGGCUGGGACAAGUCUUGCACAGUGGCGAACUAUGUCAGGUUGCUCAACCUGACGUUUCCCACGACGGUCGUGAAUGAUGAUGGGUCGAUAGCGGUGGUGAGUUCGUUGGUUUUAGUGCCGUUGCAGACGAGGGUGGAGGCGGUGAUCAGACUGAGGGUUGAGGAUGGGGGGCAGGGGGGGGAGGGGUUGGAAGUCAAGGUGGUGCCAGGUGCGAGGAUGGUGUACGGGGAGCAGUUUAAUACUGCCAAGUUGGAGGAGUUUUUGAGGGGGAAGAUUGGUGGGUGUGUACAGACUGUGGGAGGAGGGGGGGAGAAUAAGGGGUGGGAUGUGGGGAUGUUGGAGUUGUAUAAGAGGUUAUUGGCUAGGGGGUCGAGGGCUGCAGCGGCAGUGGCUGGGGAGAAAUAA